UUGUCGGCCCUUGUUGACGAAAGUGAAGCAGACUACACAUCGCUGUAAACUGUGUGAGGAUGCGUACCGGGACCGUGAUCCUACUCGUGGCCGUUUUGGCGUUGGUCUGUUUGGCGAAUUCCGCCGAGGGAGCCAAGAAACAGAAAUCAUCGAAAGUGCAGAAGUCGUCCGGCGGCAAGGAGAAGCAACGAGAAGGAUCGGUAACCAAAUCGAAAAAUUCGAAGUCCGCUAACAAGUACAGCAAGGAGGCCAACGUCAAAGAGGAAAAAACAGCUGAGUCAAAAUCCAGGCAGAACAAAAACAAGCCCGCUAAGGAACAGAAAACUGGGAAGGCGAAGAAAGUCAAGAGAGCCCUCGAACAAGAGGUCGUCGCUGCCGAAGAGGAACCCGAGACCAAAUGCGAGUGUCCGCCUCAGCAGGAAUGCGUCUGUGAAAAGUGUGCGGAAACCCUGGCCGCGUCCGAAGGCCGGGAUGCAGAAGUUCCCGACGCUGUCGUUGCCGAAGUAGAAGAAGUCGCCGCUUGUGAAGCCACGACCGAGGCCGGUCUGUUCUGCGAACAUUCCUGCUCGUGCACGCAAGGAACGGUCUGCUUCGCGAACUCGGCCGAUGCUAGCCAAGGUAUCUGUAAGGUUCCGGAGCCCGAGGACCUCGAUCUGGGAGUUUAUCUCGCGUGAUCUCAUCGAGAGUCUCUCCGAGGAGGAGAGCUUCCGACGUUGAGUGACAUUGUACAUACACAGUAGGCAGAAACAUGACACAAGUUGUAAUAUAUCCUCGAUAUAUCCGUGAUGUGCAAAAAUCGAAACUCAAGAAAAUAAAUUGAGUUGAUCGAUCAGGAAGAA